UACCUCUAGGCGCAAAAAUAUCCCUGCCACACAUUACCCCUGCCUUCGCGAUAGUCAAUAUUGUUGCAGGUGCAAAUAAUUAAUUAAAAUCACGUGUAUUAACCAAACUAAGCGUUGAUUUAACUACACUAUAUACCUAGUGUAUAGAGCGUUCUUAUCAUGGGCAACACAGUGUCUGCUGCAGACAUUGCAGCAUCACACAUUGUCUAUCCAAAUCAACACAAAGAUGGACAAGCAACACAAUCAAAGGUACCCCCUGGGCAUCCACAUGUUCAACAUGGGAAUUAUGCAGCUGGGGAGAUACCUCCAGAAUGCCCAAUGCAUCAGAAACAAGCUCCUGUAGCUGCGCCAGCUCCUGCACAACCUGUGGCUGCUUCAGAAUGUCCUGUUGGAUAUGGAAAAGGAGAUGUUAAUCCUUUAAACAUGAUGCCACCAGCUAAUCAGAAACCAUCCCCUGAUCAACCAUUUCCUCUCCCAAUCGACAGACAAACCUCCUCAAUCCCGAAAGCAAUCGUCAAAGAAGGCGAAUCCCCAUUCUGGGUGUAUCCCAGCCAACAAAUGUUCUGGAACGCCAUGUUACGGAAAGGCUGGCGCUGGAAGGAGGAAGACGUCAAGGAGAAAGACAUGGAAGCGAUUAUUAAAAUCCACAACGCCAACAACGAGCAGGCAUGGCAGGAGGUACUUAAAUGGGAGGCGCUGCAUGCGAAAGAGUGCUGCUGUCCGAAACUGAAAAGUUUCGGUGGCAAAGCAACCGAUUAUUCACCACGCGCACGUAUACGUCAACUAAUGGGCUAUGAGCUACCAUUUGAUCGUCACGAUUGGAUUGUUGAUCGAUGCGGGAAAGAUGUACGAUACAUCAUUGACUACUACGAUGGCGGAUCAGUUGAUACGAAAUUUAGGUUUGCACUUUUGGAUGUCCGUCCGGCGAUGGACAGUUUUGAAAAUAUCUGGGACCGAAUGAAGGUCGCAUGGUGGCGAUGGCGCUACAGCAACGAAUAAUGCAAGUUAAGCAAUUUUCCCAAAGUUAGCCGCCAUUUAGACAGUGUAAUUAACCCAAAGUUUGAUGCGAGUGUAAGUUCGCAUUGUUUCACAACAUUUAAUUAAAUUAUUUAAACGAUCAAUGUUAUUAUCGCAUCGGUCACGCUCUUGUGAGUUAAUAAACAAAUAGGAACAACAUAUCCGACGAAGAAAA